AUGCACAAUCCCCACAUAUAUCUCGGCAGCCCCCUCAUGGACCAUCGCCGCGUCCCCAACUCCUCCUCCGCCUCCAGACCAACAUCCCGCCCCGCCUCCCCCCCAUCUGCUCCCAGAAAGAAUCUGACCGUGCCGACUCCAAUACGUCCCUCGCGCCUCAACCCCUCCCCUCCGCCACUCAGCCCCUCCCCUCUUCCCCCACUCCCCAAUACCGCCCCAGCACCCGAAUUCCCACUCAGCCGGGAGAGCUCGGAGGUUGGUGGCGCGUGUGCGCCUCUCCAAACUCCACUCCAACGCGGCGAGAUCAGGCAUCCGCUGCAAGAUCAGAUAGACCGAUUGGCCGCGCUAUGUAAGGCGCACGAGCAGCGAUUUCGGUCAUCGAGGUCAUCCUUUGAGCACCGUGUGUUCUCAGAGUUUCCCUCUGUUCUCGGUCGUCUAGGCGAACUCGAUGCGCGGGCAGAGAAAGCGACAGCCGACCUGUACAGUACGAUGAAUACAGCCAUUCCCACGCAUCAGAAGCGACUGAAAGACCUGGUCGACGAGCACACACGGAAUGUGGAUGAGAUGCACGAGCGCACGACGCCAUGGGUAGGCUUUGACGACGUCAGUCUGCAGAAACGCACCCCGGCGCGAGUGCGGAACAGGGGAAUCGGUAAAAUCGAACGGAUACGAAACUCUGUGGGCGAGGCGGAUGACCUUGCUGCUCUGGCCAAGUUUGAGCAGAUGGCAGACGAGGUCGAGGAGUAUCUCCAGGACGAGCUGGCACGACUGGAGCGCAAAAUAGAUUCGGACAACUUUAAACGGGCAGUUGGGUUCUGGACGAUCAUCAGUCUCCUCGCCCUCCUCCUCGUCUAUCACGUAGGCCACACGCUGUGGCGCACCGCGUGCCGCAUCACUGGCUGGUGCACAGUGUAA